UUUCAACUGUCCAAACACAGUCAACAACAAUCUAACAACACUUAAACUAUCACUGAUUACAUCCCAAAAUGAAAUGGGGGAGAAAGGUAUCUUCACCACCUUCAUUUGGUAGCUCGGUCAUCACUCGAGUACUCCCAGCUUCUUGGUUUUCUAAGUUCAAACAGACAGCCGGCAGUCUUGACACUGGCCCAGGGAAGAAGCAACAGAGAGGGAAGCUAGAUUUUUCGACUGUCAACUCGUCAUUGCCUGCUGGCUGCAGACAAGCCAGAUUCUACAGGCUGGAUGACGAUGCGUACUGGACACUCUCAUUCCGCAAAGACAGAGGAGUAGGAGGUCGCGAAGGCAGGAGGAGGAGCAGCAGAAUCAACCCUCUCUGGUAUGAUUCUGAUGACGAGUUUCUUGUUGCAGUCUCCGGUUUCAGGGAUGCCCAAUUGCCCAGAAAAGAAUUGGAAACCAUUCCUGAAACAGACACCAUCAAGAUGAAGCAAGAGCGAUGCACUGACACUGUUCCUCGAGAGAAGAGACGUGAUCGAUUCAAGAAAGAGAACAUAGAUGUUCGACGCUCAAGAAAACUAAGAGGCAGAGUUAAGAGGAAGAACAGGAAAGCAGAACUCGGAGUGAGGCUUGAUCAAGGAGAUGAAGGAGAAAAUGAGUCGUCUAAUCUAGAGGAAGAACAAGUAUCUCCAACCCAACAGAAAGCAGAUCAAGUAAAAGAGGGAUCUCAUGAUUCAGCAGUUUCUAAUUCAAGAAACCAUCAAAAUAUCUCUUUCCAAACUUUUGGCUGGAGUUCUGAUGGGGAAGAUGACGAGGAAGACCGUGUGAGUCCAGACCUGGAUGGCAAGGGAAGUGCUGCGAUUUCUGAGAGACUGUCAACUUCGAAGUGCCAAAAUCUGGAAAACAUGAAGAUUGAGGAAUUUAAGAUGAAAACUGAGGAGUUUCGGAAGGAGGCUGCAUAUAUAAGCAGGAGAUUUCGUAGCAGAAAGGUGAAGCAGAACCGGAAAACUGCCCGUGGCUCGAGAACAGAAUGCAGAAUUCAAGCGCUCGAAGGCAUGAAGUCGAAGAAGAAGGAGAGGGAGAGGGAGAGUGAAGAGGAAGCAGCAGAAGGCUCCACCAUCUACAAUAGUUUUGCGGUGGUGAAGAGUUCCUUCAACCCACAUCAGGACUUCAGAGAUUCAAUGGUGGAGAUGAUCCAGGAAAAGGGAAUCAGGCAUCGCGAAGAGCUCCAAGAACUCUUGGCUUGUUAUCUGACACUGAAUUCUGAUCGACACCAUGAUCUCAUCAUCAAUGUCUUCCAGCAGGUAUGGUUUGAGCUUCAAUUGCUUUGAAGAAUGAAAAACUCAGUAGCAAUACAAUGUAUGGCGAACAGAUUUCCUUACUAGCAGUUGAUACUAUUUACGAUGAGGAAUUUCACUCCAGUAAAAUAAUAGUAUGUGACACAAAGCUAUUUGGCAAGUAAAGGA